CAGCUCCUCUCCUCAUUCCUGGAGAAUUCUGCCUAUUUCUGGGACACACUGAGCACGUGACACCGGCAUUUCCAGCUGGACACCGGGAGGAAUCUGCCUACAACUCUCUUCGAGAUUCACGAGGACUAACAGCUUGCUCUGCGGUGAUAUCUGAUUCGGUUGUGUUUGUGUUGAAAAGUCCUUGGAGGGGGGUUUGGAAGUCUUUGUGCAUCUUUUGAGAAGUGUUGUGGUGGGGUUUUAGAGAGCGGGCUUGGGAGCAAGGGCAUACAGUCCAGUUCUUUCCGUGUUUGACGCUUGUGCGGUAGGAGCCAUGCAGCUGGAUAAUGUCACCAACGCUGGCAUCCACUCCUUCCAGGGGCACCGCGGAGUUGCCAACAAGCCCAAUGUGAUCCUGCAGAUAGGGAAAUGCAGGGCAGAGAUGUUGGAGCAUGUCAGGAGGACCCACCGGCACCUCCUGACCGAGGUCUCCAAGCAGGUGGAGCGCGAGCUGAAAGGCUUGCAGAAAUCAGUGGGGAAGUUGGAGAACAACUUAGAAGACCACGUCCCAACUGACAACCAAAGAUGGAAGAAGUCCAUCAAGGCCUGCCUGGCCAGAUGCCAGGAGACCAUUGCCCACCUGGAGAGGUGGGUCAAGAGAGAGAUGAAUGUUUGGAAGGAGGUGUUUUUCCGUCUGGAGAAAUGGGCGGACCGUCUGGAGUCCAUGGGAGGCAAAUAUUGCCCUGGGGACCAUGGCAAGCAGACUGUGUCCGUGGGGGUGGGAGGCCCAGAGAUAAGGCCAAAUGAGGGGGAGAUUUAUGACUAUGCCCUUGAUAUGAGCCAAAUGUAUGCGCUGACCCCUCCACCUGGGGAGGUGCCCAGCAUCCCCCAGGGCCAUGAUUCCUACCAGUGGGUCUCUGUGUCAGAGGAUGCUCCAACCUCUCCGGUGGAGACUCAGGUCUUUGAGGAUCCCAGGGAGUUCCUGAGCCACUUGGAGGAAUACUUGAAGCAGGUGGGUGGAACAGAGGAGUACUGGCUCUCUCAGAUCCAAAACCACAUGAAUGGCCCAGCUAAAAAGUGGUGGGAGUACAAGCAGGACUCUGUGAAGAACUGGGUUGAGUUCAAGAAGGAGUUCCUGCAGUACAGUGAGGGGACUCUGACUAGGGACGCUAUCAAAAGGGAGCUGGAUUUGCCCCAGAAGGAGGGGGAGCCCCUGGACCAGUUCCUGUGGCGCAAGAGAGACCUGUACCAGACUCUCUAUGUUGAUGCAGAUGAGGAGGAGAUUAUCCAGUAUGUGGUAGGCACUCUUCAGCCCAAACUGAAACGCUUCCUGAGCUACCCCUUGCCCAAAACUUUAGAGCAGCUCAUCCAAAGAGGGAAGGAAGUUCAAGGCAACAUGGAACACUCUGAAGAGCCCAGCCCACAAAGGACACCCGAGAUUCAGUCUGGGGACUCUGUGGAGAGCUUGCCACCCUCCACCACUGCUAGUCCUGUGCCCAGCAAUGGGACACAACCUGAGCCCCCUAGCCCACCAGCGACUGUCAUAUGAGCUUGUCCGGCCAAGGCGGCUGUUCUGGUUAUAUAAAAGGGAGAAGGGGGCGUAUUUAGGAAGCUUCUCCUCGGAGGGCAAUUCUGGCUGUGGUAAGACAUGAGGUGUGCUCAGUCUGGCAACCACAGCAGAGGAAUUAACUUUGCAUGGUGGGGGGAGGGAGGCGAAAGGGAAGAGGCACCUUAGGAUGAGGUUGCCCACCUACCUGAGCCAUGCAAUCCAGUGGUGCGAAGGAUGCUGCUUGCACCACUGUGGGGGAUGGACAAUUUUAUGAGACCCCUGAAAAGAAACUAGAGGCAAUCCCCAACUUCAGAGAGGGAGCCACUUGGCACUGGUGGCUCUCAAAUUUCAUGCAAGUGCAGCUAUUGGCUGAGGGUUCCUACCCAUCUGGAUAUCUCCUUCUCCUUCUCUACUCCCUCUUGCAAAUAGAUGUCCCUGCUCCAAAGAGGAACAUCUU